GAGCGACUUUACGACACCUCUGGCUGCUUAUUGGACGCAUUCCUCGACAUGAAGUGUUCUUGUAGUAGAGAAGACGCUUUGUGUUUCUCCAAUGCAGCAUUUCCCAGACAUUGAGCUUUCCAAUAGACUGAAAAUCCCCAUCCUAGGUUUAGGAACAUCGCACCAUGGUGGCUACUCCCAUGAUGCGGUCGUCUACGCUCUUCAGCAGUGCGGCAUCAGGCACGUAGACACGGCUAAAAGAUACGGCUGCGAAGGAGCCUUGGCCAAGUCGAUCGCCGAGAGCCAAGUCCCACGUGAUGACCUGUGGAUCACCACGAAGCUGUGGCCGGGGGAUUACGGGUAUCAGAAUGCCAAGGAGGCCUGUCGGGCCUCGUGUGCCAGACUCGGGGUCGAGUAUUUAGAUUUGUAUCUAAUGCACUGGCCUGACUGCACUGUUCCGGGCCGCUCCAACAGGGACGUCCGAGCCGAGACGUGGAGAGCGCUGGAGGAAUUGUACGACGAAGGAUUGUGCCGUUCUGUCGGUGUGAGCAACUUCCUGAUCCCACAUCUCGAGGAACUGAAAGAGGACGGCGGCGUGAUGCCUCACGUUAACCAGGUGGAGUUUCAUCCGUUUCAGCAGCCGUGGCAGCUGGUGGAGUUUUGCCGCAACGAGGGUGUAGCGUUUGAAGGUUACUGCCCUCUAGCUAAGGGCCAAGCGCUCGAUCAUCCACUCAUCGUGGAACUGGCGCAGAAGUACGGACGCAGUGCUUCGCAGAUCUGCAUCCGCUGGAGCAUUCAGAAUCGGAUCAUCACGAUACCAAAGUCAACCAACCCAGAUAGGAUUCUUGAAAACUGCCAAGUGUUUGGGUUCCAGUUGGAAGACACUGACAUGGCUGCCAUGUCCACGUUGCAUGAUGGGAGGCACGUGAGCUGGGAUCCAACCCACGUGGAGUGAGCAUGCUGGUCUUUGGGUUCACUCUGGCCGAAGAGGACAUGGAGAGCAUCGGUCGAUUACACGUAGAUAAAAAACUCAUUCAUCUCAGCUACCCGCUCUGGAACGGAUAAUGAGAACAAGGCAGCGGGUGAAUUUGUGAUUUUGCGAAUUUUUUUGAGGAUGGCUCCAUGUCCUAAAUUCUGAUCAUUCUGAUUUCGUCUCCAGAUUCGGGGUUUCGAUACCCACCUCUUCCCUGUGUGUGCCGAGCUUGCGUGUUCUCAUGCUUUGGAGGAUUUCCUCCACCAGACCAAAGACACGCAAUAUAGGCUGAUUGGCAUCUCUAAACUGUCCGUAGUGUGUGAAUGGGUGUGUGAUGGGUUGGCACCCUGUCCAAGUUCCCUGGAAGAGUCUCUCUGGCUGAAUGGUUAUAUCUAGAACAUCUUUGGUUCCUCCGUUUGGGGAAACCCCAUGGAGGAAUUCAAUUUCAAAAACAUUCGCUCUCCAAGGAACUGUUGAGGAACCACCAGCGUGAUGGCUUUUGGGCAUGGAAUCUUCUGCGCGAGCAAUCAGAUGUUAUUCAGACGGUGGGGAUCUUACACUCGCAUGUAUGAGUGCUCCCCCACCCCAUUAUUCAAGGAAUUUAAAUAAUAUGCAAGACACUUUCAGAUAAAAGUCAAUAGCAACAGUAGCUUUGCACAGCAAAGUAAUUCUGAAGUGGAUUGUUAGUCCAAAUAUUUCUCAUAUUUGUUCAUAACAAAUUUCAAAUGAUGAAAUAAAUCUGCAUAGUCUUAA